AGUACGGAAGUUAAACGGGGAAGCACCAACAGAAAGCUGCAGCAAUGGCGGCGUCUGAAAACAAUGUGGAGUUGAAGCGAAAAGCUGAUGAUAAUCAAGAUGGAGAUGAGAAUGGGGACGACAAUGAAUGGGUCGGGCCCCUACCCAGCGAAGCCUCCAAGACCAAAAAAAGGAAAGUACUGGAAUAUGAGCGUGUUUAUCUGGACAACCUUCCUUCUGCCGCAAUGUAUGAGCGUAGCUACAUGCACAGAGACGUUAUCACGCACAUAGUUUCUUCCAAGACAGACUUCAUCCUCACAGCCAGCCAGGACGGGCAUGUCAAGUUCUGGAAGAAGAAGGAAGAGGAGGGAAUAGAGUUUGUCAAACAUUUUCGAAGUCAUCUCGCUGUGAUUGAAUGCAUUGCCGUCAGUGCUGAGGGAGCUCUGUUCUGUUCUGUUGGUGAUGAUCAGGCCAUGAAAGUUUUUGAUGUUGUCAACUUUGACAUGAUUAAUAUGCUGAAGUUAGGUUUUUAUCCCGGCCAGUGUGAAUGGAUCUAUAAUCCUGGUGAUGCCAUUUCGACGGUGGCAUGCUCUGAAAAAUCAACGGGGAAGAUCUUUGUCUAUGAUGGGAGAGGAAGCAAUGAGCCCCUUCAUGUUUUUGACAAAAUGCACUCCUCACCGCUGUCCCAAAUCCGCCUUAAUCCUAAAUUUAGAGUCAUCGUGUCUGCUGACAAAGCUGGAAUGCUGGAAUACUGGACUGGCCUCCCAAACGAAUUCAAGUUUCCCAAAUACGUGAAUUGGGAAUAUAAAACAGAUACAGACCUGUACGAGUUUGCCAAGCACAAAACCUAUCCCACAAGUCUCGCCUUUUCUCCUGACGGGAAGAAAAUGGCCACCAUUGCUUCUGACAGGAAGGUCAGGAUCUUCCGUUUCCUAACAGGAAAACUGAUGAGAGUGUUUGAUGAAUCAUUAACAAUGUUCACAGAGUUGCAGCAGAUGAGACAGCAGCUUCCCGACAUGGAGUUCGGGAGACGGAUGGCUGUGGAGAGAGAACUGGAGAAGGUGGAUGGUAUCCGACUGACAAACAUCAUCUUUGAUGAGACUGGCCACUUUGUGCUCUAUGGCACCAUGCUGGGCAUCAAGGUCAUUAAUGUGGAAACCAACAGGUGUGUGCGGAUCCUUGGGAAACAGGAGAACAUUCGCGUCGUCCAGCUGAGUUUGUUCCAGGGGAUUGCCAAGACUGCACAUGCCGCACCUACUGUGGAGAUGAAGGCAUCUGACAACCCGGCAUUAGAGAACCUAGAGCCCGAUCCCACCAUAUUCUGCACUGCGUUUAAGAAGAACCGCUUCUACAUGUUUACAAAGAGGGAACCAGAGGAUACCAAGAGUGCUGAGUCAGACAGAGACAUCUUCAACGAGAAGCCCUCGAAGGAAGAAGUGAUGGCUGCAACACAGGCUGAGGGCCCCAAGCGAGUGUCUGACAGCGCCAUCAUUCACACCACCAUGGGAGACAUUCACAUCAAGCUCUUCCCUGUGGAAUGCCCAAAAACUGUGGAGAACUUCUGCGUUCACAGCAGGAAUGGAUACUACAAUGGUCACAUAUUCCACCGAGUAAUCAAGGGUUUUAUGAUCCAGACUGGAGACCCCACAGGCACAGGCAUGGGAGGAGAGAGUAUUUGGGGUGGAGAGUUCGAGGACGAGUUCCAUGCCACACUGAGACACGACCGUCCGUACACACUCAGCAUGGCAAACGCUGGCCCCGGCACCAAUGGCUCGCAGUUUUUUGUCACCGUUGUUCCUACUCCUUGGCUCGACAACAAGCACACUGUGUUUGGAAGGUGUACGAAAGGCAUGGAGGCUGUGCAGAGGAUCUCCAACAUCAAAGUUAACCCAAAGACUGAUAAACCGUAUGAAGACAUCAGCAUCAUCAACAUCACCAUAAAGUGAUCCUGUGUCUUCAUGUCCUGUACAGUGAUACUUUUUUACCAGACUGACCUAUUAAAAAAAAGCUUUGUUUGUAAUAGUGA